CCAGGAAGCAUAUCUCAGGAUGCAAGUGAUUAAGGUCCUGUCCAUUUUCUGUACUCUUGUCAUCUGUACCUGGGCUUCCCAUUUCUUUGAUCAAGAAUGGAACAUAUGGAAGUCAAAAUAUGGAAAAACUUAUGCUAAUAUGGACGAGGAGUUAUUACGAAGACAAACUUGGGAAGACACUUGGCAUAAGGUACAGAAGCAUAAUGAGUUGGCUGACCAAGGUCUCUCCACCUAUAGAAUGGCCAUGAAUCAUUUUGCAGAUAUGACAGGCAAAGAACUGAAGAAAAGGGGCUGCCUUCUUUCAUCAGAAUUGCCAUCCAAUGUUCCCACAUACAGCUAUGGAACACACACUGAUCUUCCUGAGCAUGUUGACUGGAGGGAUUCCAAAUGUGUGACACAUGUUAAGAAUCAAGGCUCUUAUUGUGGGUCCUGUUGGGCAUUUGCAACAGUGGGUGUGAUUGAAACACGAUUAUGCAUAAAGAACAAUGAACUUGUGGAUCUGAGUGAACAGCAAUUAGUAGACUGUGACCCUGUAGACUUGGGAUGUUGUGGAGGGCUCCCAAUAUUCGCACUAAUGUAUGUAGCAGAGCAGGGCAUCAUGAAGACUGAAGAUUAUCAAUACACUGAAAAGAAAACUUCUUGCUCAUAUAACAUGGAUGAAGCAAUGCAGUUGAAUAUAAGCAAAUACUACUUAGUGCCUGGAGAAGAGAACAUAGCAUCUUCCGUGGCCCUUGAAGGACCUAUCACUGUUGGGUUUGGAGUAGAUAUUGAUUUCAUGUUUUAUAGUGAAGGAAUAUUUGAUGGGGAUUGUUCUACACAUCCAAAUCAUGCAAUUAUUAUUUUGGGUUAUGGAACAGAACAUGAUGAUGAAGAUGAGGAUAACGAGUACUGGAUCAUAAAGAAUAGCUGGGGCGAGGAGUGGGGAGAAAAAGGCUUUGGAAGAAUCAAGCGCAACAUUAAUAAGUGCUUCAUAGCAGAACUUGCAGCUACUUUUGAUAUUAUGUAGUGACUGUUUCAUGUAAAAAUAUAAAGAAAUAUUAUUGGGCAAAUGUACUAAUAAGUGAUAAAGCGGAGUGAGACAAAUACCAGCAAACUAGAUCCUAAUUGUCAUUUCUCAAACUCAGCCUAUAAUAUGCCAGUUAGGAGCUGAUUGGUUGGUACUUUAUCUCUCUCAAAGGCUUAGUAAAUAGACCCCUUAGAAUAUCUGUCCCUAUUAAAAAUAUAUUAAAAAUAUAAUUUUUGUAAAUUUACAUUUCUCGUUUAAAAUGUGAAGACUUUUCCAUAGUAUAAGUGUAAGUAGGUAUUGUCCUAUUUCAAAUGUUAUUAAAUGCAUAGCUACAAUAUAUGUAUGAAUAAAAAA